AAAAGAUGUGCAAAGUAGGAAUGUAUAGUGAUGUAGAUAGUGAACUUUUGCUGCUUGCUAUACAGGUGAUUGAAGGAUAUGAAAAAGCUUGCAAGAAAGCCCUAGAAAUUCUUCCUGACUUGGUGUGCUGUUCUGCAAAGAACCUUCGAGAUGUAGAAGAAGUGGCCUCCUUGUUGCACACCUCAGUGAUGAGUAAACAAUAUGGCAAUGAACAAUUUCUGGCCAAACUUAUUGCACAGGCCUGUGUUUCUAUUCUUCCUGAUUCUGGGCAUUUCAAUGUCGACAAUAUCAGAGUGUGCAAAAUUGUGGUAAGUUGGACAUAGCUGACUUUACUGCAGAGCU